GCAUCAGAACAGUUCCGCCGGGUACUUCCGGUGUGAGUGUGUCACCGGUUCCGCCGCAGAGCGUCGGGGGAGAUGGUGGAGAAGAAGCGGGAGAGUGUGGGCCGGUUUGCGGAGGGCGGGCAGCGGCGGGUCCUGGACCAGGCCACCCGCCAGCGGCGCCUCAACCGGCAGCUGGACGCCCUGGAGAAGGACAACUUCCAGGAUGACCCUCACGCCAACCUGCCGCAGCUCAAACGGCUCCCGCAGUUCGAUGACCACACGGAGUCCGCAAAGAAGAAGAAAAAGACACGGGGUGAUCACUUCAAACAGCGCUUCAGGAAGAAUUUCCAAUCCCUCUUGGAAGAGCAGAACUUGAGUACAAGUGAGGGGCCGAACUAUUUGACAACGUGUGCUGGUCCUUCCAAGCUGCCGCAGCGCCAUUUCUGUGCAGUUUGUGGUUUUCCAUCCAACUACACCUGUGUGUCGUGUGGAGCCCGAUAUUGUUGUGUCAAGUGCCUGGGCACACAUCAGGAAACCAGGUGUCUGAAGUGGACAGUAUAAAGUCUGGAGUCUAGCCUGUGUCCAGGAGACAGCAAUUGUAACCCAGCUGAAUUAUCGAAACUGCCUGUUCUUUUAUUCACAUCCUCCUCUCAGGCCUGAUUUUAAACCUGAACGCGAUCUUGGUGGGGCUGGGGAACCCAGAAAAUGCCAAGUGAUGUUAUUUGCAACUGUACAGUGGGCCUGUGAACUGUUGGUGGACAAUUCUCUGUUUCCUUUUUUUUUGAAAUAUUUAAAGUUUGAAUAAAAAAAAAACUUGUGUGAUAUUACCCUGAAGGCUUCACAGUACAACUUCUGUCAGAAAUUGCAGGAACUGACUGGGGUUUGGUUUCCCAUAAAGACCUGUGAGCCUGGGCAGGGUCUGAGAUGAGAGCCCUGCAAUAUUUGGCCAAACCGAACUCAAGCUAACUCUUUUGGAAAUAGCUGAUCCCUUGAUGGAUGCACCAUGGACUGACAGUAAUGGUGAUAAAAGAUGAUACAGCCUCAACUGAUGAGUUUGGACACUUUGGUGCCUGUUCAAAUAGUUCUACAACUUUGUCACUGUCUCCAGUUGUGAACUUCCUGUAUAUUUGUUUGUCUUUCACUAUGACAGUGGGUCCCACUUGUGUCAACACCCUACACUCUUGCAUCUUUGAUACUUAUUUAAUUUUGAAGAAAUGUAUUUCCUGUCUUGGUAUGAACUCAAUUGACUUUGUGAGGCUUUGGCCUGCUUUCCUCUGUGCUCCUCCAUACUUUAACCAGGUUAGUGGGAAGCUGAAUCUGCUUGAUUACCAGAGUGAAGCCUACCGGAAUAAAGUUUACCAGACCUUCAA